UUGGAUAUUUGCCUAACAUCAAACAGCAUAUCCCUCCUCCUCGCCGAUGAGGCAUUAUAUUUGCCAAACAUCAAGCAAAGCAGCAUAGCAUUCACGUACGAUGACUCCUCACUCCGAAGUCGACCUUCUUCGCUCUGUGGCAGGCAAGAUCUCUCCCCUCUCCGAAACCGAGAUAUCCUUCCUCGACGAUGAUGCAUUAACUCUCCGUGUCGAAUACGAGUUAUCUCGCUUACCCAAAGCCGUGUUGAAUCGUCUCGUGGCAGGCGCGAUGUCUCCCUUCUUACCUAUUGUCGAUGCCGUGGUCGAAGGCGUCAUUGAAGGCGUGGUAUAUGCGAUUUUGGCCCCUAAACCUAAACCCAAAGCCAAAGCCAAAGCCAAAGCCAACGAGGACGGACCGAUGAGUUUGGACAGGAAAAUAAUUGUUUUGAUGUUAUCGGUUGCUAACUUGAUGGUCAUCGGAGGAUUUGUGCGCUGUUUCAGGAUGUGGUUGAACACAGGACGUGAUCAUGUUCCCCCCCUCCCCCCCGUAAUCCCUCGUGAUCAUGGUCAGAUGUUCAUUAAUAAAUAUAUUCAGCAGCAGCCAAAUAGAUCCGUUUGUUACCCCCAAUAUUUAAGACCUGAAGACGUGGAGGUGCAGUGGGAGCGCACAAGACGUGAUGUUGCUGUCACCACCAUUGCUCCUCAGCCGGAGCGAAAUGGACCCAUUUUUCUCUCCAAAUAUUCAACAUCUGCAAAUGUGCAGAUGGUAGAUGCAAUGGACAAAACAAAAUUCAAAGGGUUACUAAGUACACCAUUGAAUGACAAAGUGAAGGUUAAUUUGUAUAAUUGGCACAGAUCCAAUGGACAAAACAAAAUCCAAUCAAUUUUAGCUAAAAGUGUUGCAGUGGAGGAAGCUGUUGAUACUGGAGUAUUGCUUUCCCUUCUCUCCCUGACCAUGCAAUUAUAAAGAUUUUUUUUUUUU